UUUUUUAAUGUUUAUUUAUUUAUUUUGAGAGAGUGUGAGUGGAGGAGGGAGAGAGAAUGCCAAGUAGGCUCUGCACUUACAACACAGAGCCUGACCUGGGGCUUAGUCUCACAAACCAUGAUAUCAUGACCUGAGGUGAACUCAAGAGUCGGACGCUUAACAGACUGAGCCACCCAAGCACCCCUGAAAAGUGAUUUUCAAUUGAAACCUGUGCAUUUUGGCUGUUAGGAGCCUGACCCUUUAUUUGGACAUUUUGUGGCAGGCUUCUUGGACAGGCCUCUGGUAGGGGAAGGGUGGUGCUGCCGCCUCGCUCUCCGCUAUGGAUGCAAGUCCGGGCUCUCCACUCAGCCGCUGGUCCACAGACGCAGAAAGGAAGGAUCCCCUCAUUAUCACUGGGCAGGAGGUACAGCUCCCCCAGGUCUCCACUGAUGCUCCGUGGCUGGGAGAGGUGGGAGGGGCUUGUUACUCCCCAUUCUCUGGGGACAUGGAGCCUCUGACACCAUCCCCCUGAGUGGGAGGGGUACCCAUCAGCCUCCACUCCAGCGAGUGAGGUGGGGAUGGAGCCACAGCGACUGUGCUGUUUGGUGCGAGUAGAGUGGUUACUGUCCAAGCUCUCUGUCUUGCUAGGCCACCUUCCUAGUCCUUUGGCCAGAGAGAGCAGACUUUUGCUGGGGCUUUUUAAAAGAACGUCUUCACCGUUGCCAUUUCACCUCCCAAGUCUGGGAUGUGUGAGGCAAAUGAAACUCCGGGGACUCACCAUCACGGUGUUCGUUGGGUGCCAAGGUCCCUGGCCAGUCUGCCUGCGGUUCUCUACCUUCAAGAGUCUUCUUGUGUUUGUUGUAUGUACGAUGGCCAGGGUUUCUUCUUUUUCUUUUCUUUUUUUUUUUUUAACAGAACUAAACUGAAAUUUAUUAAUAUUUCACUCUUAACAUUUCUUAUCAACAAACAAAUGAAAUUCAUGAGCCAAAAACCCAAAAUAAAACCAAAAAGAGAGAAAAGCAUAUAAAGCUAAAUCUUGAUCCCAGCAUUAACAGUUGAACAGAGAAUGUGAUAUUUAAAUUCUUAGCAGAUGAUAGAGCCUGGGUGGCUCAGUUGGGAGUCCAACUUCAGCUCAGGUCAUGAUUUAGUGGUUCAUGGGUUCGGGCCUCAUGUCAGGCUCUGUGCUGACAGCUCAGAGCCUGGAGCCUGCUUUGGAUUCUGUGUCUCCCUUGCUCUCUGCCCCUGCCCCACUCUUCUCCAUCUCUUUCUCUCUCCCUCAAAAAUGAAUAAACAUUAAAAAAUAAUAAUGAAUAAAUUCUUAGCGGAUGAUAAAGUGUAGAAACUAAAGACUUACAAAUUAUUUGAAACCUAGAAUCACUGACCAGACGUUACACAGUUGGAUCACGGGAAAACAGCAGAGAGGGGUUACGAGUGAACCUACACUGUUCUAGCUGCACCCCAUGCUCUUCUCAGAGGAAAGCCUGGCAUUGAUUAGAUAGUGGGCCAGGCUAAUAACUGGCAGCAGAACCAGUGAUAGUAAUCUGCUUAGCAGAAGAGCCUUCCACUGGAUUGGCAAUUUUGAUCUGGGCCCCGGGCAUCUGGCAGAUCUCAUUAAUGCUGGCGCCUUGGCACCUGAUUAUGCAGCCAAUUAUUUGGAAUGGUGAGUUCGUGGGCAGUUUGAAUAGAUGCAUCCAAACUUGCCCAAUAGCCUUUCACCUCUGGAGAGCUGGAGUGAAUUCUGGCAAAUCCAGUCCUGCCAUGCAUCAUGGCAAAGUGAGACUAUCGUCUUGCCACCUGGUUCGGCUUGGCCAGAUCAAGCGGAGAAAUGGCGUGUUGUCCUUGAGUUGAGUAUGCAUCUAGAGGUGGUCCCUCCAGGUUAUGGGUGGCAUGGGGGUAGCCCACAGACUCGCUGCACCGAUCUUAGCUGUCCACACAGAUGACUGGAGAGCCGGCUGGCAUGGGCUGGUACAGAGUGGUGAUGACCCUGCCUUGGACAGACGGGGAGAGUGUCUCCAGCAUCACCAGGCACAUCUACUUGACACACUUGGUGACAGGCUGCAGCACACCAGUGAUGGUUGGAUUUGGUCUAGGGAGUCCCAGAAAGAAAUAGAAAAAGAGAGAGAAGCGUACCGUCAGAGAACGGCUGCUUUCCAGCGGGAUCUUGAAGCAAAGUACCACGCCGUGAUCUCAGAAAACCGGCGUGCGGUUGCUCACUUGUCUUUGGAACUUGAAAAAGAGCAAAACAGAACAACGAGUUACCGAGAAGCCCUUAUCUCUCAGGGGCGCAAGUUGGUAGAAGAAAAGAAGCUUCUGGAACAGGAGCGGGCUCAGGUCAUGCAAGAAAAGAGACAGCUGCAGCCCCUGAGAAGCACAUACCUGAGCUUCCUGGAAAAGGAAGAAGACUGGCAGAGGAGGGCCAGGCUUGUGCUGAAAGAGUUUGAAGAUGCUCUUACGGAAAGACAGAGCAUCUACUGCAGCCUGCUCCUCCCGCGCAGCAGGCGGCUGGAGAUAGAGAAGAGGUUGCUGGUCCGAGCAUCCACUGACCCGGUUGCCGCCGACCUGCACAUGGCAGCCGGCUUGACCGACAUAUUUAAGCACGACACGUACUGUGGCGAUGUCUGGAAUACCAACAGACGCCAGAAUGGGAGACUCAUGUGGUUGUAUCUCAAAUAUUGGGAACUGAUUGUUGAACUGAAGAAGUACAAGGCAGUCGAGAAAGCCAUACUAGAGAAGUAGGGCAGGAGUGAGGCGUGCCGUCUUCACCACGCUGCGGCGUCUCGGCGUAUCAUUUUCUGGUUUCCUUCUGCCGCGUGCGCGUGUAGCACUGUCGACCGAGUGUUCUUCCACUCCCACUGCCCUCUGAGCGGGACACAGGGUCCCGCUUCCUUGAUGCGUUUCAGCUCUUGAAGAUGCAGUUUCUCAGGAGGAUUCUUUUUCAAGCUGUAAUAUUUUAUUAGGCUGAACAGUGUAACCUCAUAUCUGCGCUAUAGGGUAAGAUUGUUUUUAAGAAAGUCAAAUGCAGUACUGAUUCUCAGUAGUGUUCUGUCUGUUUUUAUCACUCCGUAAAUAAUUGUUUUCUCCUCCAAUUUUCUCUUUCCUAGAAUUAUAAAUAAAAGUUGUCAGGUAACAGAACUGCCUAAUGAUGAUGACAGAAAAUAGUAAUAUUAUUGAGGAUUCAUGCUAUUGUGAGGGUCUCUCCCACCAAAGGGAAAGAAAGUGUUUCCUGUAUUCAGUUGAUAACCUUGGUAUGUGUUUUGCAUCUGGCUUGUGUCCAUGUUCAGUUAGCACAUGCUAUGUAUUUGCAAUGACAUCUAAUAAAAACACUUGCCAUAUAAAAGCAACAA